AUGCAUAAUUUCAUAGGUCUCGGGGAUGUGAGUCUUAAUUCUGAGACGACCACAGAGGCUAGAGACGCUGACGCCCAAAACAGGCAGGAAGACCUUGGUCUAUACGGCAAUGAACUGAACUAUAUGCAAACCUGCUGGACAGUUGGCUAUGUCAUCGGCGAGAUCCCGUCGAACAUCAUCUUGACGAAAAUACGGCCUCGCUACUGGCUUCCUACUCUUGAGGUGAGCAACCGCUACAAGGCUUAG